GUAAGAGGGAUACACAGAAAACACAAUGUAACUAAUUAACUAGUAAUUAUAUUAUUACUAUAAUAUAAAAACCCCGCAAAAAAAGAGAGAGAAUAGGUUAUUUUGGUUUUGUUCUAUAUCGUAAUCCGAAAGGAGGAAGCCGCAGCCCGCAAGAACAGAAUCUUUACUUUGCUUCUCUUUACACUAGACAAUGGGAAGCGACAGCGAAAGAAAGAGUAAGAUUAAUAACAAUGAGAAUAGAUUGCAGAUACCGCCGGCGACGGAGAAGAUGAUACAGAGUAUAAGAGAAAUUAUCGACGAUAACUGCACGGAUACUGAGAUCUACAGUGUCCUUAAAGAGUGUGACAUGGACCCAAACGACGCCGUUCAAAGACUCCUUUCUCAAGAUAUUUUUCAUGAAGUGAAAAGCAAGCGAGAAAGAAGAAAAGAGAUGAAAGAGACGCAAGAAUCAAAGGCUCGGUGCAGUAGCAAUGGUUAUCGUGGAGUUAAAGGCUGUGCAGAAUAUAAUGUUGGACGUUCAUCAUCUCAAAUCAGCUACAAUGACCUUGGUAAAGCUGCAUACGUGAGAGAGAAUCUGUCCAUUCCUCCUGCAGUAACUUCUUCAUCAUCUUUGACAUAUCAUAUGAGAACUGUGAAUGAGCAGCUUUCACCUCAUAGUGAUUCUUUCAGCCCUGAUAAUGGAAGGGAAACUCUUGGAACUGCCAAUACCAUCUUUUCAUCUGAACCAACAUCUCUAGCGCCUCAAGCUGCUUUUGGUGGGGGUCCUUCUGGACAUGCUUCUAUGGCUGAUAUUGUUAAGAUGUCUUGCCAACACAAUAUGGCUUCAAACAUUGUAAUGGAGACAUCUUAUACACUUCAAGAUACUGACGCACAAGAUUCAUUCCAUAGUAAUCUCAAGCCUUCCUCCAAUUCUUCAACUCUGCAAGAAAUGCAGGAGUUGCAAUCUCCACAUCCUGCUGAAGUGUCAAUUACUAUACAUCAAUCUGGCAUCAUUGCCAGCCGGCACGAUUUGGAUGAUGAAUGGCCUGUAAUUGAGCAGCGGAUGUCUAUGAGUGGGUCAUCUAUCUUAAAUAUUUCAAGUACCCCUGGCCUUGGGACGUUUCCUAAUCAUUCUCACUUGUUUGGUGAUGAAACCAAAUUAUCUAACAACAUCCACUCAGAGAAUGUCCGUGUAUCAGAGAUGGAUGUUGCUAGCAAGAAUCUUGGUUCAAACUGUGUUGAACCUGAGUCUCCAUCUAGUAGACAGGAAAAUGCAAAUCAUGUUGGAGGUGCAUCAUUUAAUGACAUGAUUUCCUAUGACUUGCAUAGGUGCAUGAAUGAACUUCAUGAAGGAAGAGAAAGUGGCUCUCAUUUACCUUUUGCAAACUGCUCUGCCCCUUUGAAUGAUGAGGUAACAUCGACAGCUGUGACCUUGCAGCAACUGAGUUUGGAGAAGGAGACCAAAGUAGUGCCGCUAGCAGAGGAUAACUGUGGGGUCGUGUUUCCAACUGAUAUGCAAGCCUUUGCUGCUGACUGCUCACAUUUGAGUUUUGGUACAUAUAAAUCUGGUGUGCCUGCUACUGCUUUUGGGCCGUUGGAAUCUAAUCCGUUGAAAAGUAAUUUGGAGGCAUCUGGAAUGAACGACGUGAUAUCUUCUGUUAGCUUGGCGCCUAGAAAUUCAGGGUACCUUGGUGACUCCCUAUGCAAUGAGCAGGUUGCAUCAAUGUCCGAUUCUCAUCAAUUAACUGCAAAUAUUAGGAAGCUUGAAUUUCCAGUAUCUUCACAGAUAGAGUUAAUGAAACAAAAUAUCCUUCAAGUUAAUGGUGGGCAUGAUUACAGCUCACCAAAAUCUAUACCUGAUUCCUGUUUCAAGAAUAUUCAAGAGCAUAAUUCUUCCCUGUCUGUUGUGAUAAAUCCACAUGCCAGGAAUCUUCCUCCUCUUCAUCGGCAGCUGCAAGCAAGUUCAAUGUCUGUACCAGUUGAUUUGUUGGCAUCAGCUGUUCAAUCCGUGAAAGACUCUAAUCAUGUCCUUUCACCUUCUGUUGGAACACAGUCGUUGGCAUCAAAUUACAAUGAUAUCAUAUCAACUGCUGCCGGUUCAACCAUUCCUAUUACAGAGGUUUUGAAUUCUGUUGCCUUUUCUUCACCCAUGUUGCACUCGUCUGCGCUGCCUACUUCAAGCCUAACUUCAGGUCACGUGGUUCCCCAACAUCUCCCAGCACAUUCCUACUCUCAGUCUCCACUUUCCUUGGAAGAAUUGCUCAAUUGGAAUGCCUACUCUGCUGUUCCUCAAACCUAUUCCGGAAUUCCAUCUGCUUUGCAGCAACAGCAAGCAUAUCAAGAUAGCAGUGCGUUCCUUGAUCCCCUGGCUGGAAUGAGGUACAACCUCCAACAAUUAAGAGGUGUUGCCUCUAGGAGUAGCAUCCCUCUGUCUCAUGCAAAUGUUUCUAGUUAUGGAGGUCUGGGGAAUUCUACCAACUUUUCUGGGAGCUUUCUGAAUGACCCGUCUGCAACCAUUAAUCGGUCUGUGGUUGGCUAUAAUGAUCUUUUACGUUCCCAGUACAAGGAGGGCAAUAACUUCACAAUGCUUCACCAGAAUCAUAGCCUUUCUUCAUGGGAUUAUGAACCUGGCUCCAGACCACUGUCAACUGUUCCAAACAAUGGAUAUUACAACUUCCAAGGAGGUCAGCCACCUAUGUAUCAACAAGGUCAACUGCUCUCACAGAAUUAUGGUGCUCCAGUUUUCCAUUCACAACAAAGAAUCUUGCGGGAAGAACAGCAGCAAAACCUUGGUGAUUUGCCGUUAAGCAGUUCUCAAGGUCCAUCUAAGCAAGUACGCCAACUCUGGCAUCAUACUAACUAAUGGUUGUAGGUCAUCAGCUAAUCCAUUUCUCCAACUUAGGCUGCACAGCGACUGAUGGUUUCUUUUUUCCCUGUUUUGGUAGUGAGUUUGAAAGCAAGGAAUUAGGUCGGUUUACAGUUUUAUUUUGAAAUGUAUGAUUGAUUUUGAGGGUUUGGCCUUGUCCAAUUGUAAAUACCUAAAAAGAGAUGAAACUGUGACAUGCCUUAAUGUUGUAUUUUACCUGAUUUCAUAUUGGGGCAUGAUUUAGAAGAUUAGAUUGCUAAUGCUAAUUCAUACACAGGCGUUUUGAUUGAAAAUUUGGCUACAGCAUAAUAAUUUGGAUCACCCAAAUUUUGUUCA